CACAAACGUGCAUGAAUGCUGAGAUCAGAGUGCAGACAGUGAUGCUGAAAUCUCGUCAAGAGAGACAAAAAUUUAAGAUAGAAACUAUAAAUGAAAUGAGAGAGAGAAAGAGAGAUGAAUUGAUGAUAGAUGAGAUGAGAGUGUAGGCUUUGGUUUUGAAUACGCGAGCAAGGUGGGGACUGAAUCAAAUCCUAGAUACCCGAAAAGGAUCACGUUAUAUCUGUGACUUGAUUUUUAUCUCUCUGAUAUAAAGUUUGAUUCUUUCUUUCUCUCUCUGGUUUUUCUAAAAUUCCUCGCCCACCAACCACCUUCGAAUUCAUAUCCAUUUACUCUCCCUGUAUAUAUAGGGAUAUCGUUACGUUCAUACAACUCUUGUGACUUUAAACUUAUGUUUUUCUCUCUUCAUUUAUGCAUAUACAUACGUCUUGUCACCCUAUGCGCUUUUGUUUUUCUUUUCGUCCUCUUCUUCUCUUACAAUUAAUACUAUUAUUAAUUGCAACUGCGUUUAUUAGUUUACCUUCUUGAGUAACAACAUAUUUACUCAUCACUAGUGUAGUUGUGGGGAAAAAGGAAAAAAAAAACAUACUGAGAGAGAGAGAGAGAGAGGUAAACGAGGACACAGUAGUACCAUUUAUUCCUCUGCUUAUUUAUUAGCUAUCAGCAACGCUUCGCAUGGCUGCAGGUUCUUCUUCAAAUUGGGUCAUGGAAAGUGGUGAUGUUCCUCAUGUUUUGGCCGUUGAUGACAACCUUAUUGAUCGCAAACUCGUUGAGAAACUCCUCAGGAAUUCUUCUUGCAAAGUUACAACUGCAGAAAAUGGGCCAAGGGCAUUGGAAUUAUUGGGCUUAACAAGUGGUGGACAGAACACCAUGAACGGUAGAUCCAAAGUAAAUAUGGUUAUCACAGACUAUUGCAUGCCAGGGAUGACAGGCUACGAGCUACUUAAGAAAAUCAAGGAAUCGUCGGUAACGAAGGAGGUUCCAGUAGUGAUCAUGUCAUCUGAGAACAUACCAACACGAAUUAACAAGUGUCUGGAAGAAGGAGCUCAGAUGUUCAUUCUAAAGCCCCUCAAACAAUCUGAUGUAAAAAAACUGACAUGUCAGUUAAUGAAUUGAGAAAGUGAGAUUUGACUUUUAAGAGAGUAUAAGCUAAGCAAGAAGGCAAACUCUAUGAGAUCUGUGGUCUGGUAAUGUGAGCAGCAUUCCAGAACCCUGCACUUGUCAUGGCUGUCUAUUGCUAAAAUCUAUAUUAUAUAGGCCUUACCCUCUAAUUUUAGUACUAGUUCAGGUGUAGGAAUGCGUUUCAUUGUUUUGAAGAUGCUUUACUUUCUUUCUUUCACUCUUUCUUGUAUUGACCUACAUAUUCCAUUUUAUUUUCCUAGAAUAUAAUUCAUGUUCUUUUUUUUCAA